AUGGAGUUUGCCCUGUGCGCUGCAGCAGAGGCGAGUACUGCUGCUCUGGCUGACGCCGGAUGGGCACCCUCCACGCCUGAGCAGCGCGCCGCCACCGGCGUCUGCAUCGGCGCGGGCAUCGGCUCUACAACUGACACCGCUGACGCGGCCACACUGAUCGCUGCCGGCCGGCUGCGGCGGGUGUCGCCCUACUUUGUGCCCCGCAUCCUGCCCAACAUGGCGGCCGGCGCGGUCAGCAUCAGGCACAGCCUGCAGGGCCCCAACCUGGCGCCGUCGACGGCGUGCGCCACGGGGGUGCACGCGGUCGGUGACGCGUUCAGGGCAGUGCAGCGGGGGGACGCUGACGUCAUGCUCGCCGGCGCGGCAGAGGCGGCCAUCGAUGCGAUCGGGCUGGGCGGCUUCAGCCGCCUCAAGGCGCUGUCAACGGCGUACAACGCGACCCCAGAGCGCGCGUCCCGGCCCUUUGACGCGGGGCGGGACGGCUUUGUCAUGGGCGAGGGCGCGGGGGUGCUGGUGUUGGAGGAGCUCGGCCACGCGCUGGCGCGCGGGCGGAAGCCGUACGCUGAGGUUCGCGGCUACGGGAUGUCUGGCGACGGCCACCACAUCACUGCGCCCCACCCUGGCGGUGCUGGCGCCGCGCUCGCCAUGGCGCGCGCCCUCGCUGGGUCCGGCGUCGACCCCGCUGCAGUGCGCUACAUCAACGCGCACGCGACCAGCACGCCGACGGGCGAUGAGAUCGAGCAGCAGGCGAUCCUUCAGGUGUUUGGCGAGCGCUUGGUGGGGCGGCUGGCGGUGUCGUCAACGAAGGGCGCGACAGGCCACCUGCUGGGCGCCGCCGGCGCGGUCGAGGCCGCGUUUACGGUCCUCGCGCUGCAUGCGCGCGUCGCGCCACCGACGGCCAACCUGGAGCGGCCCAACCCGUUGCUGCUGCCGUUGUUGGUCGCGGGCAACGCGCUGCACUUGGGCAGCGGGCCGAUGGCGGCGCUUUGCAACUCGUUCGGAUUUGGUGGCACCAACGCGUCCCUGCUGUUCACCACGCCACCCAGCUCGUGA